CGCCGGCCAUGGGGAAGGAGCAGGAGCUGCUGGAGGCCGCUCGCACCGGGAACCUCCCGGCCGUGGAGAAGCUGCUCUCGGGGAAGCGCCUCAGCUCCGGCUUCGGCGGCUCCGGUGGCGGCGGCGGCGGCAGCGGCGGCGGCUCCGCGGGGGGCGGCGGCGGCGGCGGCAGCGGCGGGAGCGUCGGUGUGGGGCACCCGCUGUCCAGCCUGCUCAGCAUCUGGAGGGGGCCAAAUGUGAACUGUGUUGACAGCACUGGGUACACCCCGCUGCACCACGCUGCUCUGAACGGCCACAAGGAUGUUGUGGAGGUUCUGCUGAGGAACGACGCUCUCACCAACGUGGCAGAUUGUAAGGGCUGUUACCCCCUGCACCUGGCAGCCUGGAAGGGAGAUGCUGACAUUGUGAAGCUCCUCAUCCACCAGGGCCCUUCGCACACCAAAGUGAAUGAGCAGAAUGCUCUUGAGAUCAAAGAACUCAAAAAGUACGGCCCCUUUGACCCAUAUAUCAAUGCCAAGAACAACGACAACGAGACGGCGCUGCACUGCGCGGCCCAGCACGGCCACACCGAGGUGGUGAAGGUGCUGCUGGAGGAGCUCACCGACCCCACCAUGCGCAACAACAAAUUCGAGACCCCCCUGGACCUGGCCGCGCUCUACGGGAGGCUGGAAGUGGUCAAGAUGCUCCUGAACGCCCACCCCAACCUGCUGAGCUGCAACACCAAGAAACACACUCCACUGCACCUGGCAGCCAGGAACGGGCACAAAGCAGUGGUCCACGUGCUCCUGGAUGCUGGCAUGGACAGCAACUACCAGACUGAGAAAGGCAGUGCUUUGCACGAAGCUGCUUUGUUUGGCAAGACAGAUGUGGUACAAAUAUUGCUGGCUGCAGGUAUUGAUGUGAACAUAAAGGAUAACAGAGGCCUGACUGCUCUGGACAUUGUGAGGGAGCUUCCUUCCCAGAAAAGCCAGCACAUAGCAGCUCUCAUUGAAGAUUACACCGUUGGGAAGAAAAGUGCCAAAGCUGUGGAGAAAUCUGCUCCAGCCCCGCUCACUCCAGCCACCGAUCCCCCGGGCCGGACAUCUCAGGGUGAUGUGGACAAAGCUGUCACAGAGCUGAUCAUGGAUUUUGACGUGAACCCUGAAGAGGAGAGCCCCUAUGAGGCUCUGUACAACGCCACGUCCUGCCACUCCCUGGACAGCCUGGCCAGCGGGAGAUCGUCCGACCGGGAAUCUGGGAACAAGGAAGCUGAGCUCAGUGUCCUCAAGGCAGCUGCAGUCAGGCCUAGAGAACGUCCUCCCCCGCCAGCCAAGCCCCCGCCUGAUGAAGAGGAGGAGCAGAAUGUGGAGAAGAAGACAAGCCACAGUGCUCCCUGUGAGGCCUCUGCUGCCCGGGGGAAGAGCAAGGGAAGUGGAGCUGAGGAAGAGGAACACCCCUACGAGCUGCUGCUUACAGCAGAAACUAAAAAGCCGGUUGCAGUGGACAGGAAAACAAAAGACCACAGGAGGAGCAGCGGCCGCCGCAGCCAGGACUCCACAGACAGCCAGGACAUCCAGGUGCCAGAGCAGUUCUCAGGGUUGCUCCACGGCUCUUCUCCAAUCUGUGAAAUAAGCGAGGACCCUUUCAGGCUCGCUUCCUCCUCGGAGAAGGGGGACACUGAAGCCACGAGCCACCCUGCUGCUAUGCAGCUGGAGGAUGCUGAGCUAACGUCGUCAGGACCGGCUCGGAGCAGCUCCCCGGACCCCACGCAGACCGUGGUGUACGCCACGGUGCAGCACGUCAGCCGGGCGGAUCCCGCAGCCCUGGGCACGCCCCACGUGUGUGCUGAGCCAGAGGGGGACAGAGCUGUGGGUAGAGCCCACCCGGGCAGCAAACCCAAAGCUGAGCUCAAACUCAGCCGCAGCUUGUCCAAGUCGGACUCUGACCUGCUGACCUGCUCCCCGACCGAGGACGAUGCCAUGGGGAGCCGGAGCGAAUCGCUCUCCAACUGCAGCAGCGGCAAGAAGCGGCUGGAGAAGUCCCCAUCCUUUGCUUCGGAGUGGGAUGAGAUUGAAAAGAUCAUGAGUUCCAUCGGCGAAGGCAUUGACUUUUCCCAGGAGCAGCACAGGAUCUCAGGUUCGCGGAUGCUGGAGCAGAGCGUCGGGGAGUGGCUGGAGUCCAUCGGCCUGCAGCAGUACGAGAGCAAGCUGCUCCUGAAUGGCUUUGAUGAUGUUCGCUUCCUGGGCUGUAAUGUCAUGGAGGACCAGGACCUUCGGGAUAUCGGGAUCGGGGACCCGCAGCACCGCCGGAAGCUGCUCCAGGCUGCUCGCUCCCUCCCCAAGUUGAAACCGCUGGGCUGUGAUGGGAAUAGCCAGCCAUCAGUUCCUGCAUGGCUCGACUCCCUGGGGCUGCAGGAUUACAUCCAGUCCUUCCUCUCAAGUGGCUACAGCUCUAUUGACACUGUGAAAAACCUCUGGGAGCUUGAGAUAGUGAACGUGCUGAAAGUGAACCUGCUGGGCCAUCGGAAGAGGAUCAUUGCCUCGCUGGCAGACAGACCCUACGAGGAGCCACCAGCCAAACCACCACGGUUCUCACAGCUGAGAUGCCAGGAUUUGAUGUCCCAGACGUCGUCUCCCCUGAGCCAGAACGACUCCUGCACUGGCAGAUCUGCUGAUCUCCUGCUGCCCUCCGGGGACACUGCCAAGAGGCAGCACGAUCGUGGCACUGAGCUUGCUCCCUACUCCAGAGCUGAGCGCUACAAAGCACAGGAGGACCGUCGGGAGUCCAGGCUCACCCUGCGCCCCCCCAGCCUGGCAGCCCCCUAUGCCCCUGUUCAAAACUGGCAGCACCAGCCCGAGAAGCUCAUCUUCGAGUCCUGCGGGUACGAGGCCAAUUACUUGGGCUCCAUGUUGAUCAAAGACCUCCGAGGGACAGAGUCUACCCAGGACGCCUGUGCCAAGAUGAGGAAAUCCACGGAGCACAUGAAGAAGAUCCCAACCAUAAUCCUGUCCAUCACGUACAAAGGGGUGAAGUUCAUCGAUGCCUCCAACAAGAAUGUCAUUGCUGAGCACGAGAUCCGGAACAUCUCCUGUGCUGCCCAGGACCCUGAGGAUCUCUGCACAUUUGCCUACAUCACCAAGGACCUGCAGACCAGCCAUCACUACUGCCAUGUCUUCAGCACUGUGGAUGUGAACCUGACGUACGAGAUCAUCCUCACGUUGGGGCAGGCGUUCGAGGUCGCCUACCAGCUCGCCCUGCAAGCCCAGAGAGCAAAACCUCUGGGCGCUGGAGCAGGAGAAAUGAUUGAAACAAAAUCUUCCAAACCGGUGCCUAAACCACGAGCCGGCAUGAGGAAAUCCGCGGUGCCGCUCCCUCCCGACACCCGCUGUUGUUACUGUCACACCUGUACAACUCACCGCCCCUCCUACCUGCCGCUGCAGUCUGUUAGUCCUGGAGCGAAGCUGGAUCCCCCUGAAGUGGACCAAGACUCCCAGUCUCAUGCCAGUGUCUCCUGGGUCGUGGACCCCAAGCAGGACUCCAAGCGGACCCUCAGCACUAACUGAGCUCCGGGCAGCCGUCUCCUACCACGGGAUGUAGUACUGGGGCAGAGACCUGGGACGCAGUGGCCUCCUGACAUGAAGAUCAUCUCCCUCUGGCACGGGUGGCUGCCUCAGAGUGGGUGCGUGGCUGCUCGGUGAGGGCUGCCAGAGCACAGGGGGGAAGGGACCCAGCCUCCGCCGAGGAAAGCUGCUCAUCUCCAUUCCUAGCAAAGGAAAACUCCAGACUCGGAGGCCAAGAGCGAUGUCGCCUUUCCUAGUUUGAGACAAAACAUCUUUCAACCCGUUUCUUUUUUAACAAAGAGACACAGAGCAAAUCUGGUUCACGGUUUCAAUGUAGCGCUGCAGCCUUUUGGUGAGGGGAAAAAACCCAACAGAUUUUUAAUUGUUGAGAAUCCUGCAGUCCGGCGAGGAGCACGAUAGAAAGUCUUAGCAGGGGCGUGGUGUGCACAUUUCUGAUGGUACUUACUCUGCUUCAGCUCUGGGUGAACAGGAGGGAACGCCAAAUUCCUGGAGAUCACUUCCUCCUGUGUGAGAACCUGGCAGGGUAAGUCUGCAUCCUGUUCUCCAAGCCACUCCACGCUUUUGUAGCAAAUGGAAGUAACUUGAAGAAAAGAAUCUGCGAAGGAUCUUUCACCCCAGAGCAGCUGUGGCCAAUAUCCCCGAUGGUACAAAGCUUCCUUACCCCCCGAACUGUCGUGUUGCAAUACUUGACAUUUCUAUGGCAAGGACCCCAUUUCUUCCCAUUUCCGCACUGAAUUCCUGGGGACAACUCCCUGCUCCAGCCUCUGUGCACCUGUCUGGUUUUUAAAUGCAGUUAUGCCCGGAAGGGUUGGGGUUUUUUUAAGUAUAUUCAAUUGUGAUUUAGCACUUUUUUGAUACUAGCUCAUUAUUUAAUUAGCGCAACCAUUGCAGAAGAUGAACAAAUAAGGAGUUAAAUUUUGGGCAUUACACUGAAACAGUCCAUCCCCAAGGACAAACCGCAUCAGCCUGAGGGUGGCUUGGCCCCGUCCGAGCCCAGUGUCCCCAAAGACACCGCCUCAAAGGUGUUGUGUGCUUGCUUUUAUUCUGAAUUCCAGAGCGUUUCACAGUGGUUUGGGCUGUGACUGACGUGUUUUCAGACUGUUCCCCUCUGGGGAGAAUGUUAAAAUGGUUGUGAUUUGAAUUCUUCAGACGCAGAAUGCAGCGCAGUGCGUCGUCGUGAUCUCGUCAGGCCCUGUCAGGGCUGUGGGACCUGCUGCUGCACAAGAACCCUGUGCCCAAUAAUUCCUGUUUAACUCCACUUGCUGCUGUAUUGUCAGGAUUUCCUUUAGUCUCUCUCACCAGUGAGGCUGGGAGGGAAGUGAACCAUAAUCCCAAGGGCACAGACCUGUAAAGGAUUGGGAAAAGGGAGUGGAGAUUUUGGGUUAAGUCAAUGAAUUUAGGAAACCUAACAUUCCUUGUUAUGCACAUGUUGCAAUUCAUACUGGUGUAAGUGUAAAUAUUUGGUGUGUUGGCAACAAGUCUUUGGUGAGAUUGCAAAUUGAACCUCUGCUUGGGAGGAGGGACACCUUUCCUUUCUGACACGUGAGCUUUUUUGGAGGUUGGCUUGGAGGUAACGUGGUGAUGAAGACUCCAAUCUUCAGGCACUGGGCUCGGUGACCCUGGUGGUCCAUUCCAGCCCCACGUGUAAACCUGUGGUUGUCUUUAGUGAUCCAUUCUUUAGCCAGAUACUCCCUUUCUCACCUUUCUCACAGACAGAGCAGUUGUUUUGGCAGUUCAGUGCGGUGGGGUCUCUCGAGGGACUCAGUGCUGGAGACUCACCCUGGGCUGUGCCAGUCGUUGGCUCCUGGCCACCCUCACCCACCCACUGUGCAGUAUUCGGGCUCUUCCUCCCUGCAGGGUUUUGUGCUAUCUGGAGGAAACUGCCCCCAAUUUCUGGUGCUGAACAUGACAUUGCAUCCAACUGCAUCUGCUGUAUUACCUGCCCAGGAGGAGUUGGGGCUCCUCUGUUCCUCUCUUUAAAGACAGAUUGUGUUUCACAGACUUUGGUUUGUGGGCUGAGCCCUCACUCACGGCUGGCAAACAAGAGUUGCCAAGUUUUGUCUUUCCUUUUAUAGGAGGGGAUGAUUUUUUUUUUCAAAUUGAAGAUGCUUUAUCCUUUUUUAAUUUUGUGUUUACAAAGAAAAAAAAAAACAGCGCUAACCUUAGCUGUUCAGCUGACUUUAAACUUGCUUUGGGAUUGUUCUUUUUAGAAGAAAUUAUGAAAUUAUGCAACUUUUUUGGGGUACAUGCCUGUCCCCCCUCCCAGGGAGAAGAUGCAGCACCUUCCAGGCUGUACCUGCAGUGAAGUCUGUACCUUCAGGAGGCUGCUGAGACACAGAGCAGAUGCCAAAAAGCCCCAAACAUGUCCCGUUCUGUGUGCAGCUGAGGUGGAGCCAAUGCUUUAAUGCUCCUUCCACCCACCUCAGAAGUUUCCAGCAGCAGCAGCAGCAGCAUUUCCCUGGCUCUGCUCGGAUCCUGUUUUGGAGCCAGCACAACGCUCACAACGCUGCCGUGUUGCAAAGGUCUCCCUUUUAGAUCUCUCAUUGAAAUUACCUUAAAUUUGUUUUUCCCAAAAGAAAAGUACCUGUGCUGUUCUCGCUAAGUCAACCCAGAUCAGACAUUUUUCUUACCCACAGAAGAAUAACCUGGGAUUCCCUGACAGGGCAGAGACAGUCGAGUUCAGUUUGCAAUGUGGACAUUUUUGCUAAUUGUGAUGUAUGGCAGUGGGGCUGAUUUGUAAUACAAAUGUUAUUUAAUCUGUCUGUAUUUUGAUACUUGAAUUUCCUUUUAUUUCCUGUAUAUACAAUUGUUAAUCUGUUCAAAUUUGUCUGAAUUUUAAACAUCUUGUGGUACCAAACAUAACCAAUCUGUGCAACAACAUAGACUGACCUCACUACAACAAGGCGAGAUUGUAAAUAUUCCUGGGCUUCCAGCAGUCGUUUUGUUGUUUUCAUAAUUGUACAACUUAGAACAGACCGAAUUAAUAAACAACCUUAGACACA